GCAUUCGCCAGGAGGAGAAGCCAUGUGCAAGCAAUACAUCCCUCCAUAGAAGUCAUGGCUCCCCUUCCGGGGAAUGAAGCUGAUCAUCUACGAGAAAAAGCGCGCAGAGACUUGUUGAAUCUUCUCGAAAGCGUUCGCGGAAAAAAGAACUUGGUCAUCAGCAAAGACCUGGCUGGCCCAGUCGGACUGUUUGUCAAGUUCUCCGUCCUCCAAGACUAUGGAGUUGAUCGCGUAUUUCUACUGGAGAACGGCAAUCUCGACAGUUCGCAACGGAAUGUUGUGUUUUUGGUCCAUGCCGAGAAGGUAAACCAGGUUGCUUCGGUUGCUGAACAAAUCAAGAAACUGCGUCAAAGCAGUAAUGUUGAGCAUGACAUUUCCAUAUUCUGGGUCCCUCGACGGACUUUGGUGAGCAAUACGAUUCUAGAAGAGGCAGGCAUUACCGGAGAUGUAAAUAUUGCCGAUCUCCCUAUCUACUUUCUUCCCUUAGAGCAGGAUGUUUUGUCUCUUGAGCUUGACACUUCUUUUGGCGAUUUGUAUCUGCACAAAAACCCAGGUAGUAUAUUUCUGUCGGCCAAAGGCUUGAUGAACAUCCAGCGACGUCAUGGAUAUUUCCCUCGUAUCACCGGCAAGGGAGAUAACGCUCGAAAAUUAGCUGACCUCCUUAUUCGAAUGAGGAAAGAGGUCGAAGCAGAGCAGCCGUCAAGUACAGGCCCUAAUUAUGGCAAUAAACUUCCUAGCUCAUCAAUUGAGCAGCUUAUCAUUAUUGACCGGGAGGUCGAUUUUGGUACGCCACUUCUGACACAGCUCACUUACGAAGGCUUGAUUGACGAGUUUGUCGGUAUACAAAAUAAUCAAGCGGACGUUGACACCAGUAUUAUCGGUCCUGCCACUCAACCUCCCGCACAGCGAUCAUCUACUGCGCCUGCUACAAAACCUGGGUUGAAACGGAAGAUUCAAUUGGACUCUUCCGAUCAAUUGUUUAGUCAAUUGAGGGAUACCAACUUUGCCAUAGUCGGCGACAUCUUGAACAAAGUCGCACGAAGACUCGAAUCUGAUUAUGAAACUCGACACUCCGCGCAAACAACAGCGGAACUACGCGAAUUUGUUAACCGUCUGCCAGCCUAUCAGCAAGAGCAUCAAAGCUUGAAGAUACAUACGAACUUGGCAGAAGAUAUUAUGCGCCAAACUCGGUCGGACAUCUUUCGCAAGGUUCUUGAAGUUCAACAGAGCCAUGCCUCCGGAGCGGACCCAAGCUAUCAACACAGCAACAUUAACGACUUGAUUGCUCGCGACGUGCCAUUAAAAACGAUCCUCCGUCUGCUGUGCCUUGAGUCGUGCAUGUCCGGGGGCCUACGUGCUAAGGAUUUGGAUUUUUUCAAACGAGAAAUUCUACAAGCAUAUGGCUAUCAACAUCUUCUUACAUUCCGUGCCCUUGAAAAAAUGGAGCUUCUCCAACCACGAGGAUCGGCGACAGCAAUGCUCCUGCCGGGAGCGGUUGGCGGUGCAGUUGCCGGCACGAAAACAAACUACAACUACCUUCGCAAGAACCUCCGACUCGUCGUUGAAGAAGUCAGCGAAAAGGAUCCUAAUGACAUAUCCUAUGUCUACAGCGGGUUUGCGCCGUUGUCAGUCCGACUUGUACAGUGUAUUUUGCAAAAGUCGCACAUGAUGGCGCUUAUCAAAGGGGGUCCCUCUGCACUAUCCGCCGGUCCAACUGCACAAAUCAAUACAUCGAAUACGUCUUCCCCAGGAUGGAUUGGGUUUGAAGAUAUUGCAAAAUCGGCCCGCGGAUCGACAUUCAGCAUUGUGCAAAAGGGAGAUGAGAAGGCGGUGCGUGCGAGACAGUCAUUGACAUCCUCCGGCGGCAACUUCGGCCACCAGAGGAUGGUCUAUAUCAUGUUCCUCGGUGGUAUCACGUUCACCGAAAUUGCAGCAUUGAGAUAUAUCGCAGCGCAGGAAGCGGCAACCAGGAAGUUGGUUAUUUGUACUACUAGCAUCCUGACCGGGGAUAGAAUGAUGGAUGCCGCAAUUGAUGGAGGGACCUUUGGGGUGAAGGACUCGAUACAGCAGACUGCUGCUAUUUAACUGUAGUAAUCUAUAAUCAUGGCAAAGAAUUGAUCUCCUAGCUUCCUCAGUAACGCCU